AUGGUGUUCAAAGGCCGAUUCUUCUCGUCGAAGAAAUCCUCAGAUUCAUCGCCGAUCUCCGAUGGAUCCAGCAGCCCUAGAACCCCAUCCCUAGAUUCCCCGAGCAAAUCCGACUCCCCCUCCCCCUCCCCUCCCCCUCUCUCCUCCUCCUUCCGCUGCCUCUCGUCAAGAACAUCGAAACUCGUCAGCAUUCCGCCGACGCUGCCUCCAGGCGGCGGAGCGAUCUCUCUAUUGCUCGACUCUCAUCGCGACAUCAGCGAUUCGUCGGCGGCUGGGAAGAGUAGUGGGAAGAAGAAGGAGGCUAGAGGAUUGGAGAAGGUUCCGGAGAAGUGUGAUAGUUCUUGGUCUGAUAGGAGUAGGAGUGGGGGGAGAGGGAAGUAUUGGUCUGGGGAUUUGAGGUUCAGGAAUCAGGAUUUGUCGGCUAAUUUGGGACAAUCUGGAAAUUCGUGGAAUCAUUCUGAAGAUGGAAAAAAUUCUGCUGCUUGUGCAUUAGAGGCAGAGUCUUCUCAUGAUGCAUGUGAAACUCCAAAGGAAUCCGAAUCCCCCCGUUUUAAAGAGAUAAUGCAGGCUACAAGUGCACCUAGGAAAAAGUUUCCUGGCGAUAUAAAAAGUUUUUCUCAUGAGUUGAAUUCUAAAGGGGUACGCCCAUUUCCUUUCUGGAAGCCCCGGGGUUUAUAUAAUUCCAAGGAGGUAUUGAAAAUCAUUCAGGUGAAAUUUGAAAAAGCAAAGGAAGAGGUGAACUCAGAUUUGGCUGUAUUUGCAGGGGAUUUGGUUGGGAUAAUGGAAAAGCAUGCAGAAACCCAUCCCGAGUGGAAAGAAACUUUGGAAGACUUGCUAUUACUUGCUCGAAGCUGUGAUGUUAUGACACCUGGGGAAUUCUGGCUACAGUGUGAAGGCAUAGUUCAUGAUUUGGAUGAUCGACGUCAGGAGCUUCCCAUGGGUGUGCUGAAGAAACUUCACACUCGCAUGCUUUUCAUUCUAACGAGAUGCACAAGAUUGCUUCAGUUUCACAAGGAGAGUGUAUUUGCUGAAGAUAAACUGGUUAUGGAUCUCCGGGACCUUCAUUCUGCUGAUAAAAAGAUAAAAUCUGGACUAGGGAAGGAUAGCAAAGACACUGUUGUUACGAGGAGCUUAACUGAAGCAGCUUCAUCAAGGAAGUCGUAUAGCCAGGAGCAACAUAAUUUAAAAUGGAAAAGAAGCCAAGAGAUAAAACCUGUAAAUUUCUUCUCACAGCAUGACAGUGUAAUUGCAAAAGAAGAGGAGUCUCCAAACAGAGAGCGCAUAGCUUCUUGGCGGCCUCUUCCUUCUCCUGUGCAGAAAAGCCAGAAAGAAGCUAGGCCCAUCAAAGAUGACCCGUCUAACAAGAAAGAGGAUCCCUCUUGUAUUUUAAAUAGGGGGGGAAAUGCUGAUGCCAACCAAAUUGUAAUUAAUCAACCUGAGUUAUCCUGUUCUGUAGAUUCUAAUGUUCAAACUUCUGGUCCUCCCAAGCAUCAGCGCAAGUUUUCUUGUGGAAACUGGGAUCAACAGAACUUUUCUGAGGAGGGGUCAAUAAUGUGCCGCAUAUGUGAGGAGUAUGUUCCUACGCUGUAUGUGGAGGAUCAUUCAAGGGUUUGCACAGUUGCUGACAGAUGCGACCAGAAGGGUUUAUGUGUUGAUGAACGUUUCCUCAGAAUUGCUGAGACCCUGGAGAACAUGAUAGAGGUCUGUACACAGAAAGACCUGCCUAAUGCCGUUGGAAGUCCAGAUGUCUCAAAAAUGUCUAGCUCAAGCAUGACCGAAGAGUCUGAUGUCAUUUCUCAAAAGCUUAGUGACUGGUCCAGGAGAGGAUCUGCUGAUAUGACUGAUUGUUUCCAAGAGGCAGAUAACUCCAUUUUUGAUGACAUGAAGAAUCUCCCGCCAAUGACAUGCAAGACCCGGUUUGGUCCAAAAUCAGAUCAAGGUAUGGCCACCUCAUCUGCGGGCAGCAUGACUCCUCGCUCUCCUCUAACGACGCCUACGCCGAGUCAUAUAGACAUGCUUCUAACUGGAAAAGGUGCACUUUAUGAAACAGAAGAUCUUCCACAGAUUAUUGAACUUGCUGAUAUUGCUCGGUGCAUAGCAAAUGCCGCAAUUGAUGAUGAGCGUUCUCUACCUUAUCUGGUUUCAUGUUUGGAAGAUUUACAAGAGGUUAUAAGUCGCCGGAAGCUCGAGGCACUUACUGUACAGACGUUUGGGACACGAAUAGAGAAACUUCAUCGGGAGAAAUACCUGCAGCUUUGUGAUGCAGUUGAUGUUGAAAAGGUUGAUGCCAUAAGUACUGUGAUGGAUGAAGAACAGGAUGUUGUCCGUAGCUUGCGAACAAGUCCCAUGCACCCUAUAAACAAGGACCGCACUUCUAUCGAUGAUUUUGAGAUCAUAAAACCUAUUAGUCGUGGGGCAUUUGGCCGUGUCUUUUUAGCAAAGAAAAGAACAACAGGGGACCUAUUUGCUAUUAAGGUUCUUAAAAAGGCGGACAUGAUUCGAAAAAAUGCUGUUGAAAGUAUAUUGGCUGAACGUGAUAUCUUAAUCUCUGUCCAGAAUCCUUUUGUGGUUCGUUUCUUCUAUUCUUUUACAUCCCGGGAAAAUCUAUAUCUUGUCAUGGAAUACUUGAAUGGAGGGGACUUAUAUUCGUUGCUCAGAAAUUUAGGCUGCCUAGAUGAAGAUGUUGCUCGCGUAUAUAUAGCAGAAGUUGUUCUUGCUUUGGAAUACCUACAUUCCUUGCAAGUGGUUCAUCGAGAUCUGAAGCCUGAUAAUUUAUUGAUCGCACAUGAUGGUCAUAUCAAAUUGACAGAUUUUGGACUUUCUAAAGUUGGUCUCAUAAACAGUACUGACGAUUUAUCUGGGCCAGCUGUUAGUAGUGGUUCAUCAUUACUUGGAGACGAUGAACCACAGAUAACAGUAUCUGAGCAACUGAAUCAGCGAGAGAGAAGGAAGAAACGUUCUGCUGUUGGCACACCGGAUUAUCUAGCACCAGAAAUCCUGCUAGGGACUGGACAUGGUGCGAGUGCAGAUUGGUGGUCUGUUGGUGUUAUUCUCUUCGAGCUGCUAGUUGGUAUUCCACCCUUUAAUGCAGAGCAUCCCCAGACUAUUUUUGACAAUAUUCUGAAUCGUAAAAUACCUUGGCCUCAAGUACCUGAAGAGAUGAGCUAUGAAGCGUACGAUCUUAUAGAAAAAUUAUUAACAGAAGAUCCUGAGCAGAGGCUUGGAGCUAGGGGAGCAUCUGAGGUGAAGCAACAUGUGUUUUUCAAAGAUAUCAACUGGGAUACACUUGCCAGACAGAAGGCUGCAUUUAUUCCCUCCUCAGACAGUGCACUUGAUACAAGUUAUUUUGCUAGUCGUUUCCCUUGGAAUCCAUCAGAUGAAUUUAUUAAUGAAGCCAGUGAAUACGAGGACUCCAGUGAUAAUGACAGCAUGAGUGGAGGCAGUAGUUACGUUAGCAAUAAUCAUGAGGAAGUGGGAGAUGGAUAUGGAAGUCUUGCAGAGUUUGAAUCAGAUUCAUCUGUCAAUUACUCGUUCAGUAAUUUCUCAUUCAAGAAUCUUUCGCAGCUGGCAUCGAUAAAUUAUGAUCUGCUCACAAAGGGCUGGAAAGAGGAAACACCAUCAAAAUCUAACUCAUGAGGGUGACCCUCUUUAUUGUUGUAAAAUAUCCAUCCGGAGACCUUGCUGGUCUCAUGAAGAGCUUGUAAAUAGACAGGAACCGGCAACAGGAGACACAUUUAGCAAACAUAUUGGCGUUGAUUUAUGGAGCGCCAAUUUUUUGGUAGCCAUUAUUGGGUUUUCGGCUUUUCGGCUGCCCAUGGUAUAUUCUGUGAAAAAAUAAUAGGAGAUGGGUUUGUCCAUCUGCUGUUAGCCUUUAUAUGAGAUCCAUAUUUAACAAGGAAAAUGGGCUGCAUCCAUCAACUUUGCUCUUCUGGGGCUAACUUACACAAUACAAUUGCAAAUUUUGCGCUGCCUGUUUUGCCUCUUUUAUUGCUGCGUUAGCAAUGCUCUUCUUUGGCUUAAUUCUGCUUUAA